AUGCCUUCUUUGUACAAGCUCGCUGCUGCUCUUGCCGUUGCCUUACCUCUGGCUUCUGCCCAAACAUACACUUCUUGCAACCCAUUGGAGAAAACAUGUCCCGCCAACGCUGGUUCCACAGAGUCUCGGCUGAGCUUUGACUUUACUCAGGACUCUGCUCUUAAGCAAUGGACCACUGCUGCUGGCACUGUCACCACUGGCAGUGACGGUGUCGAGUUCACAUUGAACAAGCAAGGCGAUGCGCCCACAAUCGAGUCUGACUUUUACAUCUUCUUCGGCGAGAUUUCAGUGACUAUGAAAGCUGCCCAUGGCACUGGUGUCGUCAGCUCGAUUGUCUUUGAAUCAGAUGACCUCGAUGAGAUUGAUUGGGAGGCUCUUGGUGGUGACACUACCCAGAUCGAGACAAACUACUUUGGAAAGGGUGAUACCACCACUUAUGACCGUGAUACUUGGCCAUCUGUAUCUUCUCCCCAAGACACUUGGCAUACUUACAAGGUGUCAUGGCAGAAGGAUGCUAUUACAUGGUACAUUGAUGGUGCUGCCGUUCGUACCCUCCUCUACAAUGACGCUACCCAGGGAACUCGCUUCCCUCAGACUCCUAUGCGUGUCCGCCUUGGUAUCUGGGCUGGUGGUGACCCUUCUAACGGCAAGGGCACCAUUGAAUGGGCUGGUGGCGAAACCGACUAUUCCCAGGCCCCAUUCACCAUGUAUAUCAAGUCUGUUGAAAUUGUCAACUCUAACCCGGCCAACUCAUACGUCUGGUCUGAUAAUUCUGGCUCUUACGACAGUAUUAAGUUGAGUGGUGCUGCUGCUGUUAGCUCUUCAAGCUCUACCUCUUCUUCCUCAUCUACAACCACAAAGACUUCCAAGUCUUCAACUACUACUACGUUGGCUACAAACACCCAGGCUUCAACUACUUCCAGAACCACAUUUGGCACAGCCACCACUUCUUCCUCUGAUGCUUCCAGCACUGGAAGCAGUGGUUCCGCCACAGACUCUACCUCGGGAGCCACCACCACCGGCUCCGGCUCCAAAACCAGUUCCUCCUCUUCUUCAUCAAGCUCAGGCUCUUUAUCCAGUGGCACUGAUGCUGCACCCAGUGCAACCCCUUCUUUCAACUCAGCCGUCACCCUGGCUACCAGCCACAUCGGCUUCCUCUCCCUACUAGCCCUGGUUACUGUUUUCAUCCAACUAUAA